GAGAGAGAGAGUAAAAGAGAAAAACGGAAAUAGCGACACACCACUUUCGAACCUUCUUCGUAAUCACAAAUCAUUCCCUAAACUACCCUUUUACCCUUCCUCCUUCCCCUUUCCUCUCCCUUUCCUCGAACCUCCACAGAAGCCCCCAUUUUCAUAUCCUUUUUAAACUCUCGUUCCUCACUCCCAAUUUUCCACUCAAUUUCUUCUUCUUCUUCUUCUUCUUCUUCUUCUUCUUCUUCUUCUUCUAAAUCUUCAUCCAAUUUCAUAACCAAUCAACCAAUUCCAUGGAUGACGCUUCCACUCUCGAUCUCAUCAGACAACAUCUCCUCAACGAUUUCAACUCCAUUGAAGCUUUCGCUUCAAAUCUCAACUUCGACCACCACAACAACGGACACCAAUCUCAAAUCUCCUCCUCCACCCCUUCAAAGGUUGCUCCACGCCGCCCGUCGCUAAACGUAGCGAUUCCACCUAAGAGUUACUCUGUAGGAUCGGCGGUUGAAACCUCGAUUGAGGCCAAAUCGGAUGUGGGUGUGAGUCGGCAUUACAGAGGAGUCCGCCGGCGGCCGUGGGGGAAAUACGCGGCGGAGAUUCGUGACCCCAGUAAGCGUGGGGCUCGGGUUUGGCUUGGAACUUAUGAUACCGCUAUUGAAGCUGCGAAAGCUUAUGACAGAGCUGCUUUUAGGAUGAGGGGAAGUAAAGCCAUUUUGAAUUUUCCUCUUGAGGCUGGGAAGGAUGUGGAGGAUCCGCCAUCGACUUCGGAUGUUGGACGGAAAAGGAGGAGGGAAAGUGAGAGUGAGGUUGUGGAAAUGGGAAAGAAGGAGAUGAAGAAAGAGGAGUCAUCGGAAACAGGGGAGAUCGGAGUUCCGAGUACCGUUUGUCCUUUAACGCCGUCUUGUUGGGCGACGGUUUGGGACAGUGAUGGAAAAGGAAUUUUUAACGUGCCGCCGUUAUCGCCUUAUCCGUUAAUGGGACAUCCUCAAUGCACAGUCAUAUAAAUAUAUAAAUACAAAUUGUGAAAAAAUAAAUUUCAUGAAUUUGUUUGUUUUUUUCAAAAAAAAAGAAAAAAAAAAGAAAAAAAAAGAGAUUAAUCCAUCAACUUUGUGAGGGUUAAGAUGAAGCUUAUCCAAGUUGAUGAGAAUUAAAAAAAAAAAAAAAAAAAGAAGAAGAAGAAGUAGAAAAAGGUGAUAUGUUUUGAAGUUUGGAGAUUAGUAUGAUUUGUUUGUUCAUUUAUUGGAAUGUAAAAUUUUGAACCAUCAAACAUCACGAAUAUGUGUUGAAAGGUUAAAUUGCUAAUAUGAAUUUAUUUGGUACGUGACUUUAUUUAAA